UGUCUCUUCCAGACACACGAUUCCUCCCAGCUCCUCGCUGCAGAGCCUCCGUCUGAUAAGGUUGUCCUGUUAGAAAAAGCCUGAGAGGAGCAGGAAAGGUGAGGGUUUYAUGGGUUUUUAAUUUGGUUAAUCARGAUGAAUAGAGUGGAAGAUGUUGGAAAAAGGUCAGAGGUCACGAGGUGGACUGAAACUCGGAAAUCCCUAAAAUGUAUUUUCUCUUCCCCUCUUUCUUUCAGUCUCUUUAGUUUACCUCCACUAACUCCAUCUGCAGGACUCCCAAGACCAGGUCCAGCUCGACUCUCMCAGGCUCUCACCAUGUCCGUCGACCCCGCGGUCGAGCUGCCUUUCUUCUACGGCAGCAUCAGCCGCUCCGACGCCGAGCAGAACCUGAAGCUGGCCGGCAUGGCCGACGGCCUCUUCUUGCUGCGACAGUGCCUCCGCAGUCUGGGGGGCUACGUCCUGUCCGUGGUGUGGAGCCUGGAGUUCCACCACUACUCCAUAGAGAAGCAGCUCAACGGGACGUACUGCAUCCCGGGAGGCAAGCCUCACUGCGGGCCCGGAGAGCUCUGCGAGUUCUACAGCAAGGACGCCGACGGGCUGGUGUGUCCCCUGAGGAAGCCCUGCCUGCGCCCCGCGGACACGCCAAUAAAGACCGGCGUCUUUGACAAGAUGAGGGAGAACAUGCUGAGGGAGUACGUGAAGCAGACCUGGAAUCUGGAGGGAGAAGCCAUGGAGCAGGCCAUCAUCAGUCAGGCUCCUCAGCUGGAGAAGCUGAUUGCCACCACAGCACACGAGAAGAUGCCUUGGUAUCACGGCAAAAUUAACCGCCAUGAAGGAGAGAGGAGGCUUUACUCCGGAGCUCAACCAGACGGCAAGUUUCUAGUCAGAGACAAAGAGGAGGCCGGUUCGUUCGCUCUCUCUGUCAUGUAUGGGAAAACAGUUUACCACUACCAGAUCAUCCUGGACAAAUCUGGGAAGCUGUCCAUGCCAGAGGGCACAAAGUUUGACACGAUCUGGCAGCUGGUUGAGUAYCUGAAGAUGAAACCUGAUGGUCUGGUGACUGUCCUCAGUGAGGCCUGCGUCAAUGGCAGAACUUCUGAGAAGACUCCCCGUCUUCCUGCAACAAGGGGAGCUGGGGCAAACGGUUACACACCGCCACCUCGAGCUGCUGCAGCUGCCUCGAGCGCAGCGACCCUUCUGCCCAUGGACUGCGAGGGCUUUAAUCCGUAUCACAACCCGAAUGAUAUCAAGAGAUUUAACAUCCUGAGGGAAAACCUGCUGAUGGAUGAGGUGGAGCUCGGCUCUGGGAACUUCGGCUGCGUCAAGAAAGGAAGCCUCACCAUGGAAUCGGGCCAGAUAGAUGUGGCUGUAAAAAUGCUGAAGAGCGACAACGAGAGGGGGGUGAAGGAGGAGAUGAUGAGGGAGGCAGAGAUCAUGCACCAGCUGGACAACCCCUUCAUCGUCCGAAUGCUGGGCCUGUGCAGCGAUGAAUGUCUGAUGCUCGUCAUGGAGAUGGCUGCUGCUGGUCCCCUCAACAAAUACCUCUCCAGCAAUAAGGAUUCAGUGAGUGUGGAGAACAUUGUGGACCUAAUGCACCAGGUGGCAAUGGGGAUGAAGUAUCUGGAAGAGAAAAACUUUGUGCACAGAGAUCUGGCAGCUCGUAACGUCCUGCUCGUCAACGCACGGUUCGCCAAAAUCAGUGACUUUGGGCUGUCCAAGGCGCUGGGAGCUGACGACAACUACUACAAAGCUCGKACUGCAGGCAAAUGGCCGCUGAAGUGGUACGCUCCAGAAUGUAUACUCUACCACAAAUUCUCCAGCAAAAGCGACGUGUGGAGUUACGGCAUCACCAUGUGGGAGGCCUUUUCCUAUGGAGGGAAACCCUACAAGAAAAUGAAAGGUCCCGAUGUGACACGCUUCAUCGAAAGCGGCGGUCGUUUAGAGUGUCCAGCAGCAUGUCCAGAGAGAAUGUACACACUGAUGAAAGAGUGCUGGACUCAUUCGCAAGACGAGCGCCCCGACUUCAAGAAGGUGGCGGAAUCCAUGAAGUCCUAUCAUUACUCCAUAUCCGGAAAGGCCAAGCCUGAAGGAGCCGCUGACGUGCCUACCAAGCAGACCGAAAAAAAGAAAUAAAAGGCACAUUCUGUCCCAUUGCUGCACAAAGCCUCCUUUCAAACCAAUCAAUAAACUCCCAAAAACAAAGAGUGUUUUCUGAGUCGUGCACACUGACCAGCUUUGACUACAGUUCAGAUACAUGCAGGCCUCCGUGGUAAUAAAUGUGCAUGUGUCAGCUGAAGGAUUUGUAAGGAGGUUCUCUGUUUGUCUGUCAUGGUUUGAAUGUUAAACGUCUUCGCCGCCAUGAAUGAAUGAAUGAAUUUCUUCUGUCGUGAGCCUGGCUUCUUGGUGUUUUUUUUUUUCUUGAUAGAGUUUAUUUCUCUGUGUUUCCUUUGAGAUUCAUUGUUAGGGUUUUGUUUCGUGUGAUGUUUAUUUUAAUUUGUUCCAUUGUUUUCCUGUGUUUCCGGUCAUUGUGCUUUACGCCCUGUCUGGUUCUCCUUUGAUAUUUUCAUAUUGUAUUAUAUUUUAAUGAUAAUUUAAAUCUUGUUUUCAUUUGAACACCUGUUGGUCCGUACUUCCGGGAUGGAAACAACUUCUGUAUUCUGGUAUUUAGGAUCAGGGGCGGAGUCASACAGGUGGCACCCCUGGCACCUGAUUGGCCACCCCCAGGUGCCACCUCCAAAUAAAUGACACAUGGAUGGGGAUCUUGGUUUUUGCAUUUCCAUUUAAAUAUUGUUCCCUGAUACUACUGUACUAUAUACAUUUUCAGCUGUGUAUGUUUUAAAAUGGCUGAAUUAUAGCCCUUUGUAAAAUAAGCAUUACUGGUUAGCUUCAUUUAAGAUUAGCAUUGGUGAUUAUUCUUAGCUAAUACACAACAAAUUUAAUCUCAAUAAGUCUUAAAAUUCCUGAGUUGUAACCUUUUA